UGAGCUCUGGAUCAACUUGUGUACAAGGCGAAGCGUGUUGUCGGUCUCAUUCUUAAACGCUUGUUAUCGCAAGUGGUUCUCUCUAGUGGGGAUACAAUUCUGUUUGGACUAGUUCUUUAUUUCACUUCUGCUGCCUCAGUGACUUUACAUACAGAACUUUAAACAUGCCGGCCACGACUGAGCAACUUACUAAAUAUGAAAAGAUCGAAGCAUUUGUAAAGGGGUUCAAGCUGUCGGGUGCAGCCUACAAGCGUGUCAUGACACUCUUGCACCAAGAGAUGAACAAUGGGCUCAAGAAACAGUCACACACAGUCGCAGACAUCAAGAUGUUUCCUACCUAUGUCAGGUCAUUACCAGACGGCUCAGAAAAGGGAGAGUUCCUUGCAUUGGAUCUUGGUGGCACCAACUUCAGAGUUUUGCUAGUCAGACUUCAAGGUCAUGACAUAGAUAUUCAGAGCAAAACGUACCUGAUCCCACAGAGGAUUAUGCUUGGUACAGGAACCCAGCUGUUUGACCACAUAGCCGACUGCAUUGGAAAAUUCGUCACAGAACACGAUCUAACGAACCACUCCCUGCCCCUGGGCUUCACCUUCUCCUUCCCCUGCCAGCAGGAGGGUCUGGCUAAAGCCAGGCUGUCCAAAUGGACAAAAGGUUUCCGUUGUGAGGGCGUCGUGGGCGAGGACAUUUGCCAGUUACUGCAGGAGGCUCUCAAGAGAAGAACUAACUGCAAGGUGGAGAUAGUUGCAGUGGUCAAUGACGCCGUGGGGACGCUGAUGUCUGCUGCCCAUGUUGACCGGAACUGUGAGAUCGGGCUCAUCCUUGGCACCGGCUGCAACGCCUGCUACAUGGAGUACCUGGACAACGUCGGCACCUGGAAGCACGCAGACGACCAUCAUCCUAAGCAGGUAAUCAUCAACACGGAAUGGGGAGCUUUUGGAGACAAUGGAUGCUUAGACUUUAUGAGGACAGAAUACGACAGAGAACUCGACACAUUCUCUAUCAACCCUGGCAAGCAAGUGAUGGAGAAAAUGAUCUCUGGCAUGUACAUGGGGGAGAUAGUCAGACUUGUGCUGGAGAGACUGGCACAUGAAGGUCUUCUCUUUAGGAGCGUGGACAGGGACUGCUCUCUGUUUGAGAGGGGACGCUUCUAUACUAAAUAUGUUUCUGAAAUUGAAAGUGAUACAGAUGAAUUUUUCCGUCACACAAAGCAAGUCCUAGAUGAACUGAAUGUGGAGAGUUACACAACAGAAGACUGUAAGAUCGUGAAAUAUGUGUGCACCCUGAUAUCUGCUCGCGCUGCAUUCUUGGCAGCAGCUGGUCUCGCCACCUUGAUAAAUCGUCUGAACAAACAGGACAUGACAAUCGCUGUAGAUGGCUCCUUAUACAGAUUCCACCCACGAUUUCAUAACCUCAUGUGCCUGAAGAUUAAAGAGUUGGUCAAGCCAGGCCUAAAAUUCAAGCUGAGUUUAUCACAUGAUGGCAGUGGAAAAGGUGCCGCGCUGACAGCUGCUGUGUCACUAAGACUUCGUCACAUGAAACUUGAUGGGCCUUCAGAAGAAGGCGCCACGUCUUUUCCAUGUGAGAUGGUGAAAGUCCAGGCGUAAAGAUAGUCACUUCAGUCUCAGCUUGGAGAGGGUGGGGUCGGGGAGGGGAGGGACAUCAGCUGUGUGGUGCUGCAGAAUUGGCUGUGUUAGCUGGUAUAUGCUUAAUGUGAACUGGUGUUUAAAAAAAUGGCUUCUGUAUGACUGCAAGUGUGAUACGAUUAUGAGAAAUUAUUGGUCAUUGGCUAAAUCUGAAAGAGUUCAAAUGUUAACUUAUGGCCAGUUUUACAUAAUUAUUGACAGAAAACUUCUUUUUCUAGCCUCACAUAUUAAAAACACAAUAAAAAGGAGCUUUUUAAGCGAAAAAAACGUAAACAUUUCAUUUAAAAACGUCAACAAAUUUAUUGGUCUUUCUGUCUUCCUUUCCACCCACCUCUAUUUUAAAGCCUGGUAACUUUAAUCCCUUUAGAUACAUGCAGUAAUGAAUGAAUGAAGCUAUACCAGCUACAGUGUUGAUGUACAAAGACUAAACUGACAAUUGUUACCCUUAAUCAAUGCAUUUGUUGUGACAAUAGGCAUGGUGAAAACAGAGGGAUGUCACCAUCUUUACCUUUAUUCCUAUGUGAUUCGUGCUAUAGUUGCCUAUAACAGAUUUUUUUUUUGCAUAAUGCCAAAGAAGUAUUUUUAAAAUAACUAAAAUAUCUAUGUUGUCUGGUUUUUAAAAAUAUCCUAGUGUCAAUCUUACAUUUUAAUAUUUUUAAUAAUGUAAUUUAAGUUUUAUUUUUCCGACAUGUUAGAAUUAAUUUUCAUAUCCCCAUUAUUUGAAAAGUUUUUCUUAAAAGAAAGAUUUUGUUCUAAUAUUUUCUUUAUAUAAUUAAAAGCCUAAAAAAUAUAAAUAACCAUAGAAACAUAUUCUAAAUAAAGCAUUUAACCCAGUAAAUUAUAGCCAAUUUAUUUCUAUACUUUCUUAAGAACUGCUUGCUUGUACAAUGCAUUUUUUAGGGAAGUGGAGAAAAAAAUUAAUGUAAAAAAUGUAAUGCAAUGUACAUUUCUCAGUAUUAGUUAAAUUGUUGUGACUGGAUUGAACUACGCUUAUUAACUUAAUUCUUUUAGAAAUAAGAUGUAGAUUACUAAACAAAAUCAAUAAAAAAAAUAUUCUCAUUUUAUUCCUGCAUAGUAACUAACAUGGUAGCAAAUAUUACAUUGUAGAGAAAAAUCCUAAAGAGACUUUACUCUUAUUUUAAAAGAAGCCUAAAUUUGUGUACAUUUGCUAAUAUAAUAUGGAGAUGACUGUGAUUUAAAAUGUUUUUUAUGUGGCGAUACAAUGUAUAUAAUUUAACUUAUAUGCAUUGUACAAAUCUUUGGCAUUGUUAAAAAUGUUUAAUUUAAGCAACUGCUAAUUGAUUUACUUUAAAAUGUUAUUUUAAAUGCCUUCUAUUUAUUUAAGGAAAAAUUGAUAAUCCACUUAACAGAAUUAAAUUUUUUUUUUAAAUUAAAAAUUUCAUGGAAGCAGUGUUUAUUUUGUUACAGUGUAACAUAAUAAAUCUUUUUUAAUGACUUUGUAUCCUUAAGGUUUGAAAUUGUUUUCCUGCAAAUCUAAAACAAAAUUGCUCAAACUUGGCUGUUACGAUAAUGUUUUUUUAAAUAUAUUUGGAAUGUAAAGGAAAAAUGUUUGAAACUUAUGUAAUUUUCUUUGGACAAAAAUCAUUUCAGUAUGUUGACUCUGUCCCAUGUCUAUGUGACCAGAGAAAGGGAUGGUGUAUACAUAAUGUUCAACUUAGCUUAUAACUUUGCGAUUUGUUUAGCGUAAUGUACUAAACUAAUGUUCUACUAUGUUUAAUGUGGAAUGACUACAUUUUAAUAAUUUAACCCCGUAUAUUGUUUACUGUUUGAAUAAAGAUAUUUAUUUAUAUUAUGUCAAGAUUUUUAAAAUGUGUAUACUAAAAAUUUAGAUGUAGAUCUAUCAGCAGUUGAGUGCAUUUAGAUUGUUACUAAACAUUAAAAAAUUUAAUAACUUAUUGAAGCUAAUUAUUUUGUGAAUUGUAUAAUUGUAAGACAUUUAAUAUAAAUAAUAGAUGAUGCUUUGAAGAAAAAAAAAUAUAACAUGCAGUAUCAACAUCAGAUAUUCAAAUUACCACUCGGAGAUUAGUUUUAUAUCAGAUAUUGUUUUUUAACUGCUAUUCACCCUAAAGAUUAUUUUUUUUUGGUAACAUUUUUUUUUAAACUUUUGGGAAUAAUUUUGAUUUUCAAAUUUUGAAUCUCAAUUAUCUAAAUGGUUUAUUAGCACUUUUUUUAUCAUUUGUAUUUUUCAUCUGUUAGAGAGAUAUCUUUUAAACUGAUGUAAUUAUCAGUCAUAAAGCACAUCUAAACAUCUAAAAUAUAAAAAAAAAAAUAUCUACGUGUACAUACUGCUCAAUAGCAUUAUUCUGGGAAAAAAUUUGCUUAAUGUUAAUUUGGCUAAACAUUAUGGCGUAAUCUCAUAAAAAUAUAACACCUAUUAAAAUGUACCUUCAUUUAAAAAUCAUUAAAAAAAAAUGUUUCUUGCAUAAAUAAUCAGUCAGAAUAGCACCAGUAACUAUCUUUUGCUUACCCAAUGUUUCUCCCUUUUGUCCUGAUCUGUGUCCUUAAUUGUAACCGUGGAUACAAUACCAUAGAGACACUUUACAGACAGCUAAGUGGAGACAUUACUGUUCAUUUCUAUGUGUGUACAGAAUAUAACAUGGUAACACUCUGUUUGAAAACUACUAACGUUUUAAUUUUCUCUAUAGAAAUCAAGAAAAAUGUUUAUUUUGCCCUCAUUGACAGCUAUUAGUUGUAAUGAUGUUUAUCGCUUGCCUACAUAUGCUUUUCAGUUAUGCUUUUUUUGUAGGUCCUGAUUAAUAAUAUCGUUUCACUUCUUUCUUGUAGAAAUAUACUAUCUAACAUAAAAAUUCCUUGAAUUUAAAUACUUUUCCAUUUUUUUUAUAUUUCAUUUUUUUGCAUGACAUAUAUUAAAAUGUUUGUACUGUGGGUGGUUAAUUAAAUUUAGAUAAUCAACAAUUACCAGCAUUUGAACAGUUUUCUUUCUUUAGAAUAAAGUAGAUUUAAACAAAACUGGUUGAAACUAGAGAAAACUUGGUUUUUUAUUUAAUUUUAAAAAAUGGGACUAAUAUAACAGUGGCCAGCAGUGAUAUUACAAAUGGUCCUUUCAUUAAAGGCCUUUUAAAGCAACCUUCCCGUAUAGCUAUAGCAUAAACAGUAAUUAAAUAAUUAAUGCAUUAAAAGACAUAGGGUUAAAUUUACGUGUAGACUGAAAGUAAAGUAACAAAAUCUAAGGUCUUGAAUGGACCUUGUCAGCCUCCCAUCAUCUGUCACUACACAUCAACAAUAUAGUUUUGAUACUUUGUCAUAUCUCUUGUCUUCAUAAAGAACUAUCUGAAUGACUGAGGUAGAAUGGUGCACCAUAACUGACAAAUACUCUGUACUCUAGAAACAGUUUUAUUCUUACGUGUUUCAGAUACAAUAUGAGUCUAUUUGUUUUUAUUUGUUUUUAAUUGGCAAUAAAAAAAAGUACUGCAAAAAUGCUUACAAAUUAAAAGAGAGAGAUUAGUUGGCUUUUGUGAUAAAUAAAAUCUGGAACCCGUGAUGAAAUAUUUUAUUUUUGAUUUUUCAGCUUUCAAUUUGGAUUUUUUAAAAACAUAAACUAUGUAUACAAAAUGUUGAAUGUUUUACAGUGUGUUCUUAUUAAACAGAAGAUUUUUAUUACAUUAGUAAACAACUAGCAUUUUAUUUAAAACACAGCUGAAAUAUUUGAUCAAGGAGAUUAUGAUUACAUUUGAUUUAAAGAUGAAUCAAAAAUGUGCUUUUAGCUGUUUCUUCUGUUACUUUGUUUUAAGUAUGCUUUUUAAAACUGUGUUUGAAACUGAAAGCUUGUUGAUUCAUAAAUUGUUUACAGAAAAAAAAUACUGUGAUUCUUGUUUUUAACUUUUUUUUUCAUGUUUAAUGCAAUAUUUUAACACCUAAUAAAAGGUAAAAUAUGAUUACUUAAAAUGUAAUUACUAUUUCACCUUAUUGUUUAGUUAGUUUCAUGUGUUAAGUCACUUUAAUUUGUUUCCUAGAUCUAGAUAAUUAAUAAUUUUUUUUUGGGAUUCAAGUCAUCCGCUGGUUUGUUUUUCUUACUCCACUUAAGAGAUUCUGAACCAUACCUAUAUACUAUAUAAUAAAAAGAGAAAAAAAUAAGUUUCCCAGUAACACUAUUGAUAUGCUACCUCUUUAUUUAUUUUAAUUUUAUAUUUUGUUCUACUCCUAGUUUUCCCAUAACAACUAAACACUACAAAAGCAAUCUUAUUUAUAUGAAUUGUUUUAUGUGGGUUUUAUUCUUUGCUAUCAAGUGAGAGUUAUCUACCGCUAGUGUUACAUGGCUCUGUUUAACUUGAGUGUAAUUCGUUUAUUUGAAUAAAAAGUGUCUAUUCAUCCG